AUGGCGCCGCAAUCCAGCGAGAGCAAGCCCAUGUACCAGAAGGACGAGAAGGCGCUGUGUUUCCACGGCGAGCUGCUCUAUGAGGCAAAGGUGCUGGACGUUCGACGACAGGAUGCGAAGGACAAGACAAGUCCCCAUGAAUAUCGAGUCCACUACAAAGGGUGGAAGAAUACUUGGGACGACUGGGUGCCUCAGGACCGCUUGCGCAAGCUCACUGACGACAAUCGGGAACUUGCAGCAAACCUGAGACGAGAGUUGACUGCAUCAGCACCCAAGGUCGUGCCCAAGUCCACCACCAAAACUCGACGUGGUCAAGGCUCAGAGAUCGGCUCGGGAAGAGGAAGCGAAGAGCGUACUUCAUCUGUUCCUGCUGCUUCCGGUAGAGGUUCAAAACGUGCCAGGGACAACGAUAUCGAAAAGUUUGGCUCAAUGGCUUCAAAGAAGAAGAACUCCCCGAUCAGUGCAGACAUGGACACUCACAGCGGCAACGGGUUGAAGAGACGUUGGAGUGGCUUGAGUGAAGAUGGUGCCAACAACAAAGAAGUCGGCAAGGAGAUAGACCUCCAACAAUUCCUGCAUCAACCACGACGAGCUGCAGUUAAAGCCGCGCAGGCGAUCUCAAACACUGCAUCAAACAAGGCUCCAGCAGUUGGUGGUUCAGUCGACCAUGCUACCGACAAAAGAAAAAGCACUGCGAAUAAGAUGUCAGCGCCGCCCAUUACCCGCUCUGUUGAACAUAUCUCAAAGAACAGAAAGACGACGGGUGAAAGCAAACCACAGAGUGCGAAUUCCAACCCUGCCAAAGCUGGCACUGCAAAGCGGCCAACAGGAUCUCUCACUGGUCAUAACCACCGCGGUCAAGGAAGUUCCGCUGUCAGCAGACGUGAAUCAGUGGUGUUGACGCCGUCGACCGGUGCCAAGCACAAGCGAGAGACAAGAGAAGAAAUCCCAGACAGUGACGAAGAAGUCGACCCGACUGUAGGGAGGAGCGUAACAGGCAAGGCUGCGGAUGGAAGUAAUGCCAGACCCGUAAAGCACUCCCACAAACUGACACUGAAAUUGAAAUUGAAACCGAAACCCAAAUCCGAAUCUGCCACCGUUCGACCAUCCAACUCUUCUUCAUCAAAAGCCAUCAAGAAACCCGUUGGCAGCUCCAAAUCAACAAUGAAUUCCUCUUCAUCCUCCAAGACUCCAGAUCCUUUGACCUAUGAGGAGUUGGUCAAGAGCCUCCCGGACCCACGAGAUGAACUCGCAUCCUUGUCGAUCGAUGAGAUUCUCGCAAGACCAGCUCCGCCAGAUGAGCCAGAAUACAUGAGCCUCCAAACCUCAUCGGAGCGACGACAACGCAAUGCGCCUCUCAUCGGCGGUACCACCACCGAUGAAAAGCAUAGGAUCACCGAGGAGCUGCUCGCAGCGCAAGGGGCUGGCAGAGCCCACAGAUACCGCCCGGCCGUUGUGCCAAAACACGGCGUUGCCGUAACCCCCCUCGACCCGCCAGGGUCCGGCACCCCCUUCGACGCCCUCAGAGACGAGGACCGCCUCGUCAAUGCACUCAACCACAAGACUGUGGAAACCCUGGGAGGUUGGAACCAAGAGGCCCUCCUCAAGAUCCCGGUGCACGUCAUGCAUCGUCUUGACGCACCUGCCCUGGUCCGCCUCCCAUAUGCGGUCUUGAAGGCACAACCGGAGAGUGUUGUGCACAAGUUGCCCGAGGACUGUUGGUUUUGGGAGGAAUGCCGGCGAGACUGGCUGAGGGAGGAAUGCCGCCAGGCAACCAACGCCCUGGACGAUCCAGAGGCAGAGCCGGAGCCGGAGCCAUUGUUGCAUACGGGGCUGCCACCGACUCAAACAACCCGCCCCAGCCUUGGACCGGCCACUUUCCGCCGGACAAAUGCUGUGAUGCAGCCAACUGUGCCGACCAAGAACAAGCCCGUCUACCGCUACCUGGACUGGACCAUGUUGUUUACUUCUUGUGGAAAUGACAUUCUGUAUGCAGCAGAGAGGACCCAUGCUUACAAUUCUCCGUCUGAACAGGAAGAAAACUACCUGAACCGCCCUUCGAUCCGCAUCUCAAUCCCCGACCACCUCAAGAACCUUCUCGUCGACGAUUGGGAGAAUGUCACCAAGUCUUUGCUUCUGGUCCCCCUGCCCAGUCAAGCCCCAGCAAAUUACAUUCUUGACGAAUACUUCAACGAAGAGAAGUUGAAUCGACGACUAGGCUCGGUCGAGGCAGACAUUCUCGAGGAGUUUGUCACCGGAUUGAAGACUUACUUUGAGAAGGCGGUGGGAAAGAUCUUGUUGUACCGGUUCGAGCGCAAUCAAUUGCAAGAUGUCCGCAAGCUUUGGGAGUCUGGCAAAUACAAGGACUGGGAGGGCAAAGGUCCUGGAGAUUGCUAUGGUGCUGAGCAUCUCACUCGCCUGAUCGUCAACCUUCCCGAAAUCGUCGCCCAGACCAACAUGGACGCUGAGUCGGUCACCAGAUUGAAGUUGGAAUUGAGCAAGUUCACCACCUGGUUGUCGAGAAAUAGCCAACGCUUCUUCUGCGCCAAAUACGAGAAGCCUUCGGCAGAGUACGUUGAGGGUGCUCGAUAA